UAUUUAGUGUUUGGAAGCCCCAUAGCUGCAUAGAACCUCUAAUUAGUAACUUCCCUUUAAAAUUAUCGAACCACUUGAUGACUUGUGUGGAGUGGUUGAGGUUGACCCAAUAGAGAAAAGAAAAGUGCAAAGCGGAAGUGGACAAAGUUUAACACGUACUUAUAAUACCUUUAUAUACGCUUACAGGAUUCGUCCUUUCUUCUUUGAAUCCCCCCAUAACUCUACUCUCAAUUUUCCUCAAGAUUCCUUCACCAUCUCCACCCUCCGCCUCCCUCAAUCUCUAUUUCUUUGACUUCUUUGGUCCCAUCUGUAUAAAGGGUCUAUCUCAAAACUUCUUCUUCAUCGGUCACGCAGAUAUGGGUGGUGAUGAGCAAACUCUGGUGGAGAUCUUAGAGGAGCACAUCCCAAUUGAUUUCUCCAAAUACAUUAAUUAUGUCAGUGCUCCACAAGCUGGUGCCAUAGCAACAUUUUCUGGUACAACAAGGGACACUUUUGAUGGCAAAGAUGUUGUGGAGCUGAGAUAUGAAGCAUAUGUGCCAAUGGCUCUGAAAUGUGUCAAGACUAUAUGCUCAUCUGCAAGAUCAUCCUGGAAUCUCCAUUCCAUGGCGGUUGCUCAUCGCCUUGGCCCAGUUCCUGUCGGUGAAACGAGUGUCUUCAUUGCAGUGUCAUCAGUUCACAGAGCAGAUGCAUUGGAUGCUUGUAAGUAUGUGAUUGAUGAGGUGAAGGCAUCGGUUCCUAUUUGGAAGAAAGAGGUUUAUUCAAAUGGAGAGGUUUGGAAGGAGAAUUCCGAGUUCUUGGAAAGAAGAUUGUUUGGGAAUGAUGAUGAUGGGAGCUGUUCUGUUAAAGAAGUUGAGGUUCAUAGGCAUGAGAGAAAGAAGGGGUGUUGUGGUGCUAAGGUGAAGGUUAUUAUUGAUGAAAGUGGAAAUGAUGAUGAGAAGAGGUGCUUUGUUAAAGAUGUUGAGGUUAAUAGAAUAUGAGAAAGAAAAAAGUGUAGGUGAAAUCCCCUUUAUUUUUUCUUUAAUAAGAAGGGCUCAAAAGUUGAAAAAAUUUCUUUUGUUAAUCUGCAAAAACUGUGCUGCUUCUGCAAACUGGGCUUUCCUUUUAUUUCUUCUGGCUUUGCUGAUAAAUUAUUGUCUUUUUAAAUCAUCAUAAGCAAUUUAUGGUAUUUUUGGGUAAAA